UGCUCAACUCGAAUUAGAAUAAAAACGGACUUCUUGUCCCCCCUGGUUACUUCUCACUCUUCCGGAGCACUCAAUUAUUUAUUUAGUUAUUUAUAUUCGGGAAAAAAGAGUUUUUUUUUUUUUUGAUAAAGUGAAAAAAGAGAGUUGAUCAUUCAUAUAUAAAAUAAUUUAGGGUUUUCUAUCUGAUCCCAAAUUAUACAUCGUCUUCUUCCCCUUCUGCUGUUAAAAUUGUGAACAUGGAGAAAACCAGAAGAGCAUCCCAUGCCGGUUCCUGGUACACUGACAAUCCUAAGAAAUUAGCAGAAGAGCUUGAAGGCUGGCUGGCGGCAUCUGGCGUGGACAAAUCUCCUGAUGUCCGAGGUGUAAUUGCUCCGCAUGCAGGUUACUCAUAUUCAGGUCGUGCUGCAGCCUAUGCAUUUGCGAACAUAGAUCCAACAAACAUUUUGCGGGUGUUCCUUCUUGGCCCAUCUCACCACUACUACACUCCAAAAUGUGCUCUUUCAAUGGCCACAGUUUACAAGACUCCCAUAGGGGACCUACCUAUUGAUUUGGAAGUCAAUGAGGAGCUAAAAGCUACUGGAAAAUUUGAAAUGAUGGAUAUUCGCAUUGAUGAGGCUGAACAUAGCAUGGAAAUGCACUUGCCAUAUCUUGCUAAAGUAUUUGAGGGGCACCAAGUGAAAGUUGUACCCAUUUUGGUUGGCGCUCUUAAUGCUGAGAAUGAAGCCAUGUAUGGACGGUUGCUUGCCAAAUAUGUGGAUGAUCCAAAUAAUUUUUUUUCCGUGUCCUCAGAUUUUUGUCAUUGGGGUUCUCGGUAUGUCUUUUAUAAAAAUUCACUAACUUAUUUGUUCCUUUUAUGUACACGAGAGUUCAAGUUUCUCCAAGAUGUUAGUUUGCAGAAUGUUUUUAAUUUUGUCACUCUCUUUAAUUGUCACUUUGGGACAUACACAUAAGCAUGUGCAUUCACAUAUAUGUGCUUGUAUACGAUGAAUGGGAAGUGCUUGACACCAUCAACAUGAGGUUGUGCAUUAGUUAUGUGCGCCCUUAGAAACUAAUUCGGAUCUUAGAGUUAUGUUAAACUUGGUUGGUGAACUAACAUAAAGAAAGGGAAAAAGCAAUUCGCUGGAGCAAAAGGAUUAUUUAUUUAUUUGAAUCUGUAGAUACUCUGGAUCACCGAGUCAAGUGACUAAAGCAACUAAAGCGACUACUAUACAUAGAGCUGGAAGCUGCACUAGUGGAAGGAAAAGGAACUAAAAUCCAAUCCCGCAAAUAAUUGUUCAUGGAACUACUCAAGAUUAUUUGGACCAUCUUUCCUAGAAUACAGAAUGGAGAUGGAUGUUUUUUAGAUAUUAGUUUUGGAUUACUGAAUAUGUGCAUGAAGUUGGUGCCAAUACCCUUUCACUUGCUUGAUCGGUGUAAUUGGAUAUUCUAUCUGUACAUGACUUUUCCAU